CUGGGGCUGGUGGAUCCUACAUGCUCUCGUUGCUCGUCUUCGUGCUCGUUUUGUCAUCUCCUGUCCCCAUCACGCGGGUCCGACAGAGUUCCUUUUGCGCCCCCCGCCGUGUCGGGCGCCCAUGGCCGCAGCGCUACUGCUGCCGUGCAGGCCUCUGUCAGCCGCCGCCGCCGCCGCCUCCGCUGUGGCAGCGGUGGGAUGCCUGAGAGCCGAGCCGCCGCGUUUCCCCCCGCGGCGCCCCUCGGCCUCCGGCGGCCGCGAGCCUCUUCGCCGCUGGCCCUGCCACGGCGGCUCGCUGGCCAGCUGCAGCGGGCCGGCGCCCGCCCCGCGGCCAGACUUUUCCGAGCUGCUUCGCCAGGAUUCGCGCGCGCUCCUCCAAGAGGCGGUGCUGAAGUGCGGGCAGGAGACGGGCUGCGACCCCGAGGCCAGCAGGCCGCCGGCGGAGUUGCUCGCGGCGUUGGGCGCCCCAGAGAUGGCGGGGCUCUUUCGGCGGGUGGAGGCCCUCGUGGCUUUGGUGGACUCCAUGGCUUCGGCGGGCUCCGCCAGGCCGCCUGAUGCAGAGGCACUGCUGGAAGUGCGGCAGGCGUACUCCGCCUUCCUUGCAUCGCUCGAGGAGGUCUACCAAGCGAUUUUCGGCGAUGCGGCCAGGCCUUUCUCCCUGACGCGCUGGUGGGCGCCUGUGUACUUGAGGUGGAGGUACCACGUCUGCAGCCUGUUUUCGUGGGGCCUGAUUCCUGAGGCUAUCGUCGCGGAGGCGGCCGGGGUGCUGCGGGGUCUGGGCGCCGCCGGGUUGAUCGACCCCCUCGCUGGCAGCGGAUGGCACGCGCGUUUGUGGCAGGACGUGGGGCGAAUGCAAGUGGUCGCCUUGGACUCCUACCCCGUUCGGCCUGUGCCCUGGAUCAACGUGGAGGUCGUAGCGGACUCCCGGAAAGUGCUCGGCUGGGGCGUCGCUGGGGCAGAGGGCGGCCCUUCUUUGCAGGCGUGGAUCUUGUUUCUCAGCUGGCCCCCCCACUCGCCGGAGCGCGUCGGGCUGGAGCUGCUGCAGAGGUGGCCCGGUGACUUCCUCGUCUACGUGGGCGAGAGGGGCAGCUGGACCGAGGAGGGCCUGACUGGAGGGCGCGCCCUCCUGGACGCCAUCCAGGCCGACUGGGAGCCUGUGCGGAGCUGGGCGAUUCCGCGCUGGCCAGGGUAUGAGGACGACCUGACGGUGUACCUGCGGCGCAAGCCCGGCUUGCCUGGCUAAGUGCGCCACCGGGAGGACGACCACGCGAUGCCCUGCUCGGCGGCGGGGUCCCGGCCGAUGGUCGCCUGCUGGAGCUGCGCCCGUGCGCAGAAGAGCGCAGAUUGGCCGAUGGAGUGCGAUCCUCAGAGGAGCAAGAGGUCACGAUAAUGGUGCGUUCCAGGAUUUCCCAGGUUUCCAGGAUCUCCCACAGUCUCGAAUGUGCCGCACUGGCUGCGCCGCUACAUGCUCUGGAAAUCCUGGAACGCAUCCUGAGCCAAUCUUACCAUGACAUCGUUCUCGCCCUUAAUCCGAGGAAAAUUGCAGUGCGCGGGCUGCGAUGCCGGCCUCCCGGUGACAAAAAAACAGUCUGGAGAGGAGGUCCUUGGGUCCAGGGCCCCUUCCACCAAGAAGUUCCUUUUUCCUUCAUGCCGACGUCGCCGUUCCGGACGCAGGCGCAGGAAACAGCAGUAGGCAGUAGCAUUUCGCGCAGUAUGGAACAUUGAAUAGCGUGCGCAAUUUUUGCGUUUCGGAUUGAGCUGCUGGCCCAAUUACGAUUCGAAGUCUUCGCUCUCAUUUGAGAAUCAUCUUCACUUGGUGUUGUUGGUCGCCCGGGAGAAGCUCCACUCGGUGGUGUUGUCCUCCACGGAGCACACCUCUCCCCUCGCUUCUCCGCUCUCGUCCUGAGGACGCUAGCUGUAGCAGCAGUCUCUGCGAGCCAUAGUCUUGGUCCCCAUCUAAAAGAGGGCGAUUUAACUGGCAAUGACGUCGCGCGCAACACCAUGUAGCAGAGCAGUAAUUCGUAGUGUCUUGCGUCACUCAUCGAGCAUCCUCCCGGUAAUCAUCCAUCUUCCCCAUCUCACCUCAUCUGCCGGAGGUGAGAUAGUGUAGACGCCUUCCCAUGCUUCGUCUUGCUGUUAAUAUAGUAUGUCUGUCUUCGCUACGGUG